UUUUAAUUGAAGUGUGAGAAGGAGGUUUUAAGGCAGAGAGACAACAUCCUGUUGUUCGGGUUCGGGUGCUCCUCUCUCUUUUUCUGCACAUCUGGCUGAACUGGGAGUCAGGUGGCUGACUCCGGGCCCGGUUGCAGCAGCAGUGGCAUCUGCCCUCCACUGUCCCACGCCUCAGCGGCCCAAGAGUCCACCAGGCCAUGGACGCGGUAGCCGUGUACCAUGGCAAAAUCAGCCGGGAGACCGGGGAGAAGCUCCUGCUUGCCACGGGGCUGGAUGGCAGCUAUUUGCUGAGAGACAGCGAGAGCGUCCCUGGCGUGUACUGCCUGUGUGUGCUGUAUCAAGGUUAUAUUUAUACAUACAGAGUGUCCCAGACAGAAACAGGUUCUUGGAGUGCUGAGACAGCACCUGGGGUUCAUAAAAGAUUUUUCCGGAAAAUAAAAAAUCUCAUUUCAGCAUUUCAGAAGCCAGAUCAAGGUAUUGUAAUACCUCUGCAGUAUCCAGUUGAGAAGAAGUGCUCAGUUAGAAGUGCACAAGGUACUCCAGGGAGAAGAGAAGAUCCUGAUGUCUUCCUGAAAGCACCAUGAAGAAAAAUCAAAUACUUUGUACUUUAUUUUCUAUAAUUUAAAUAUAUGCUAAGUCUUAUAUAUUGUAGAUAAUACAGUUCAGUGAGCUGCAAAUAUAUUUCUAAAGCCAUCAUAGUCCUGUAAUGGAAGUAUCUAGCAUCAUGUAAAAGCUGAAAUGGACUUUGCCAAUAAUGAGGAGCUUCGAAAUGAGGUUAUUUUCAGUUAUAUUUUCAAAUGGGAAACUGAUUCAAAACAUAACGAUACUUUAUAAAAGAUAAAUGUCAAUUCUUGCCAAAUAUAAAUAAAAAUAAUCCUCAGUUUUUCUCAAAAGCACCAUUUUUAGUGAAAUAUUAUUUGACAGCUACUGCUUUUAAAAUGUCUUGCUUGGUUAGAUGGCAGGAAGCCGAUUUGUGUCCCUUGUCUUUGUCCUGUGUGGUUCUAAUUAGGUAUUACGCUCUCCACUAGCUCUGGUGGUGUAGGGUCUUCGGGGAUUUAUGAGUUGUGCCCUGUGUGUUAAAAAGAGUACUGGAUAAAGUGUGAAGAAUUGCUCUUUAAUUCUGAAAGCAACCUUUUCGCCUAGUGUUCUGAUGCCGGAUAGAGGACCCCAUAGCCCAAUCCGGAAUUUAAAAAUCCCGUCAUUUAAAAUAUGUUCUCAACGUCUAGUAUAUUUGAUAUUAUAGGAUUUUUCAUCUACCUCUGCCCCAGUUGUCAGUACUCCAUGUAAAACCUUAAUUUGAAAGGAAGCUCCUGCCCACGGCUGUGCAAGCGGUCUCCCUAUUUGGUAGCCCAAGAACACUGGAAACCUUAUGGUUAUGUUGUUUUUUAACAGUUCCAAGUGAUGGCAACCUAAGGGAGAGUCAAGAUUUUACACAGUGACAGAUAUUUAUAUUUUUUCUCACAUUUAUAUUUUCAUGGCUUUUGUGAUUUGAUUCUGUAUCAUUUUGGGGCUCCUAGAAUUUAUUCACCAAACACAAUAUAGGGACUGGGGUACAGAGAUAAAUGCACCCAGCCACUGUGCUCAGGCGGCUUGCUGUCUAGUUGGACAAGAAAACAGUAACAAUUAAAAAAAAGUAACAGGGAAAGACCAAAAGAUGUCAAUAAAAGGUGAUAAGCACGGUCUAUGUGAGGUUCCGCUGUGUAGGUAGAUCUGUUGUCAGAGGCAGAAUGAGUCAAGACAAAUACUCUGGUCCAUGGUCCAUAGGAAAAUGUGAAGUUCUAUUAUAAACUAAUACAUUGGAAUUCUGGGUUGUACAUGAGUGGGGGGUGGACUUGAUGAGCUGCCAAGAGACAGAGCUACUCUCCGUGCACUGGCAAGAUUUGGUGUUUGAGCAUUUGACAUGGACGCAAUGAGAGUGCAAAGGUGGAAUCGGGCCAUAAUAAUGUAUUGUGGGCCAUUUACCGUUUCUAGAAGUAAAAGCACCACUUUAACUUGUGAAGGAAUUUGGAAAGCCGACUUUCAAAUCAAAAUGCAUAUGUUUAGAUAAUUUUUUCUUAUUUGUCGUUUGGGUUUAAAUUUUAAUAGGUGUAUCUAAUUUUCACUCUCUCUAACUUGUUCGUUCUGGAAUAAUCCUAAAUAUAUGAAUUAUGUAUGCAUGUUUCUUUAUCAGAGUCUCUUUUGAAAAAGCUUUUUGAAUCAUUAAUGGUCUUUCAUAUUUCAAUAAAGUAUUUGAAAGCUCUA